UACAUCAAAUGUGAGCUAAGUACAUUCUUCCUAACUCUGUUAGGAACACUUUUUCACGAAGUUAAUUUUAUUAGAAACGCAGUGCCGGAUCUAUUUCCUGAGUAGCAUCAAGUGGUGGGUGGAGGAAACAAGAAGGUGGAGUUGAUGUGUGAGAAUCCGACAGUUAGCGCCAGAUCGACGGACGAGAAUCCAGUUGUCUGAAACGCAAAGGCAAGUCAAGAAGUUGACAUGUCUUCGUACAAGUCGUGGGUUCUGCUGACGGUUUUUAUCCUCUUUUACAUAACUUACCUUUUGCUUGGAGCGCUCGUUUUCUCCAGCGUGGAGAAACCCGAAGAGGAGAGACUGAGGAGGGAACUUGGUUCUCUAAAAGCUGAGUUUCUCGACCAGAGUUGCGUUAAUAUAACAUCCCUCGAAAACUUUAUGUCAAAGGUUCUGAGUGCCAAUAAGUAUGGGGUGUCAAUACUUCAUAAUUCUACAGAGAGUUCAAAUUGGGAUUUAGCUUCAUCGUUGUUCUUCGCCAACACUUUGGUAACGACAGUAGGGUAUGGCCACACCACGCCCCUGUCGGACGCUGGCAAGGCCUUCUCCAUCGUCUACGCCCUCCUGGGGGUCCCCUUCACCAUGCUGGUGCUGACCGCCUGCGUGCACAGGCUCAUGCACCUGUUCACCUACUGGCCCAUCGACCUGUGCAAGCGGCAGACCGGCUGCCUCCCCGGGACGGCCGCCUCGCUGCACUUCCUGGGCCUGCUGGCGGUCAUGGUGCUGUGCUUCCUGGUGGUGCCGGCCAUCGUCUUCUCGUCCAUCGAGGAGACCUGGUCCUUCCUGGACGCCUUCUACUUCUGCUUCAUCUCCCUGUGCACCAUCGGCCUGGGCGACUACGUCCCCGGGGAGCAGCCCGGCCAGAGGCUGCGCUCGCUGUACAAGAUCUCCGUCAUGGUUUACCUGUUCGUGGGACUGAUGGUCAUGUUCCUGGUCCUGCGUACCUUUCACAAGCUGGCGGACCUGCAGGGGCUGACAGCCUUCUUCCAGCUCUCCCGCUGUGAGGAAGAGGAUGACGACAAAGAGCCCAUCGUGGAGAGGACCCCCAGCGACCAGCCGGACAUGGAAAGGGCUUCCAGCAAGCCCCUGGACCCCAGAUCUCAGACGUCCUACAACUCGAUCAACCGAUAGGGGCCGUCUGUCUCCUCAGUCCGCUCAGCCUAUGGCACUAUGACAGCAGGGCUGAGUGACCGGGAGCCUUUACAAUCAAAACCAGCUCUGUGAUGGCCCUUUACAAUCAAAACCAGCUCUGUGAUGGCCCUUUACAAUCAAAACCAGCUCUGUGAUGGCCCUUUACAAUCAAAACCAGCUCUGUGAUGGCCCUUUACAAUCAAAACCAGCUCUGUGAUGGCCCUUUACAAUCAAAACCAGCUCUGUGACGGCAAGUGAAUCCUGUGAAGCUAGGAAAUGUAGUCCCACAACAUUAUUGCAGCUCUGCGCAGUCAGGACAGACAGACACACAGCCAGGACAGACAGGCACACAGCCAGGACAGACAGACACACAGCCAGGACAGACAGACGCACAGCCAGGACAGACAGACACACAGCCAGGACAGGACAGACACACAGCCAGGACAGACAGACACACAGCCAGGACAGACAGACACACAGCCAGGACAGACAGACACACAGCCAGGACAGGACAGACA